GGCCAGGAAGUGAGGAGGGGCGGGGGUUUAUGAGGAGGCCGGGGGAGCGUUGGGGCGGAUUUGCACUCAGGUCCAGCUGAGGCACUUGCCGGUGGUGCUCCCCUCGGUCCCCUCCCCUCUCCUCGCCUGAGACGCGCCUGUCGUCCCGGGGGUAGGGGACUGUGAGUGGAGGGGUGGGCUGGUCCGGAGGGCAUUUCCUUUGGCCUCGCCACAGGCAGGGUGUGGAGGAGCAGGGCUUGGGGUGGGCACGGGUCUCCUGGGCUUCUGAGAAGGAAGACCCUCCCGCCCCCCCCCCCGGCCCCCACCGCACUCGUACACUGGCUGACUGGACACUAAGAUGGCUGCCGUUGCCAUGACACCAAACCCUGUGCAGACCCUUCAGGAGGAGGCGGUGUGCGCCAUCUGCCUCGACUACUUCACGGACCCCGUGUCCAUCGGCUGCGGGCACAACUUCUGCCGAGUGUGUGUAACCCAGUUGUGGGGCGGGGAGGAUGAGGAGGACCGGGAUGAGUUGGAUCGGGAGGAGGAGGAGGAGGUCGGAGAGGAGGAAGAAGUGGAGGCUGUCGGAGCAGGCGGGGGUUGGGACACCCCCAUGCGGGAUGAAGAUUAUGAGGGUGACAUGGAGGAGGAAGCCGAGGAGGAAGAGGAGGGUGUGUUCUGGAGUAGUGGCAUAGGCGGGUCCAGCUGGGACAACAUGGACUAUGUGUGGGAGGAGGAGGAGGAGGAGGAAGAUCUGGACUAUUACUUGGGAGAUGUGGAGGACCUGAGGGGGGAAGAUGAGGACGAGGAGGAGGAAGUGCUGGAGGAAGACGAGGAAGAGGAGCUGGAUCCGAUCACCCAGCUGCCACCUCCUCCAGCCCCACGGAGGUGCUUCACUUGUCCCCAGUGUCGAAAAAGUUUUCCUCGGCGGAGCUUCCGCCCCAACCUGCAGUUGGCCAACAUGGUCCAGGUGAUUCGUCAGAUGCAUCCAACCCCUGGUCGAGGGAGUCGUGUGAAUGAACAAGGCAUCUGCCCGAGGCACCAAGAAGCCCUGAAAUUGUUCUGUGAGGUGGAUGAGGAAGCCAUCUGUGUGGUGUGCCGAGAAUCCAGGAGCCACAAACAGCAUAGCGUGGUGCCAUUGGAGGAGGUGGUGCAGGAGUACAAGGCCAAGCUACAAAGUCAUGUGGAACCACUUAGGAAGCACCUAGAGGCUGUGCAGAAGAUGAAGGCCAAGGAGGAGAGGCGGAUGACAGAACUGAAGAGCCAGAUGAAGUCAGAGCUGGCAGCUGUGGCCUCAGAGUUUGGGCGCCUAACACGGUUUCUGGCUGAAGAGCAGGCAGGACUAGAGCGGCGCCUCCGAGAGAUGCAUGAAGCUCAGUUGGGACGUGCAGGAGCAGCAGCCAACCGUCUUGAGGAGCAGGCUGCCCAGCUAAGCCGCCUGCUAGCUGAGGCCCAAGAACGGAGCCAGCAGGGGGGCCUGCGGCUGCUACAGGACAUCAAGGAGACUUUCAAUAGGUGUGAAGAGAUACAGUUGCAGCCCCCAGAGAUUUGGUCCCCUGACCCAGGCCAACCCCAUAGCCAUGACUUCCUGACAGAUGCCAUUGUGAGGAAAAUGAGCCGGAUGUUCUGUCAGGCUGCAAGAGUGGACCUGACGCUGGACCCAGAUACAGCUCACCCAGCCCUUAUGUUGUCCCCUGAUCGUCGUGGGGUCCGCCUGGCAGAACGUCGGCAGGAGGUUCCUGAACAUUCCAAGCGCUUCUCAGCUGACUGCUGUGUACUAGGGGCCCAGGGCUUCCGUUCUGGCCGUCACUACUGGGAGGAGCCUAAACAACUUCCUAGACUCCCUCCAGCUCAGUCUUCUCUCACCUACUUUGUCUAUCUGACAGGUCUGCAUGGGUCCCUGAUAAUGAGAACAGCUGCUUGAUCUUCCCUCCCUGUCUGCCUAGCUCAGUCCAGCUCUGGGUCCCAGUUUGAGUAGGAUGAUGAGUGGAGAUUAUAAUUUUAUUCCUUCUCUUUUCCACAUCUACUCUUCAACCCUUGUCAUUUCUGAGGCUGGAGGGUUUGGGCAAGACCUGCUCAUUCCAAUUCUAUGUUUUGGUGCAAGCCCCAGCUAAGGGAUUUGGAAGCUUUUGUGGGAAGGCAGGCUGGGCAAAAGGGUAGAGCUAGGUAAAGUCUACUUUUCUUGGGGAAGUAGGAACUCUAAGCUUUCCUUCCACCCCCAAUUUCUACCUCCAUAGACUGGCCAGAAUUUAGCUUCAGUGAGAUCUGGAAUGGUCGACUUGACACCGCACACUAUUACAUGACCCAAUAAAUUAUUUUCUCUCCGUCUUACAGCUUUCUUAUUUAGGAGCUAAGCUCCUCACACCUUACCCCUCCUCCAAGUCUUCACUGCCAGGCUCUUUCCCCAUUUUCAGUUUCUGGCCUCUCCACACUUUUUAGUUCCAUUUUGGUAAGCCCUGUUGGGGUGCUUGGACAGGGGUCUGGAUCCUUGGGAGAGCCUUGGGUAUAAUCUAUUUUUCUAGUAACCCCUUGCCUUCUGUCACUUAACAGCUUUUGUCCUCUGCUUUGGUGGCUGAGGUCAAUUCAUGUUCUUGGGGGGAAAGGUGGGUUGUGUUGCAGAAAUAAAGUGUUUAUUUGCUGC